AGCUCGUCGUGUAUUCUCAUCUGCUUUCUACACGAACUCUAGUUCUAUUACGAAAUGUCAGACUCUGAAGAGAACCUUUCUAAAGAGGAGAGAGAAGCCAAGGCGUUGGAUGAAAAGAAGAGGGAACAGGAGGAGCAAGCAGCUCUACCGUACAGGUGGCAACAGCAGCUGGGCGAUGUCGACAUUUUCGUCCCAGUGCCAAGGGGCACACGCGCAAGGGAUCUCAACGUAGUCAUUGCAAAGAAGAGUCUCAAAGUUGGCCUCAAAGGCCAAGAACCCAUAAUGGACGGUGAGCUAUGCAAAGAGAUUAAGGUGGAGGAUAGCACCUGGACUCUCGAGGAUCAGGAGAGUGUCUUCGUUCAUCUAGAGAAAAUCAACAACAUGACGUGGUGGGAGAACGUGCUCACGCACCACCCCAAGGUUGACACAAAGAAGAUCGUGCCAGAUAACAGCAAGCUAAGCGACUUGGACGGUGAGACUAGAGGAGUUGUAGAAAAGAUGAUGUAUGAUAACCAACGCAAGCAAAUGGGUCUUCCAACUUCCGACGAGCAGAAAAAGAUGGAGGCCUUGGAGAGAUUCAAAGCUGUUCAUCCUGAGAUGGACUUCUCAAAUGCAAAGAUUUCAUGAGGUAAUUACAGGGGCCUUUGUUCUCGCCAGCUUGGUCCCUACAAGUUACGUUGAUGGGCAGCAAAUUGUGUACUUAGGCGUAUUGUAUUUUUCUUCUGAAUUACCUACACAUACGAGCUUUGUAUUUGUUUGUACUGGAUGGUGAAUGACUAUUUUUGGAUAUA